CAGAAGAAGAAGAAGGGGCAAAAAUAAGAAGCAGAUCGCUCUGUUCCGAUUAAAAAUAAGCUAUAACUAUUGCAAAAAACCCAAGUAUACGGAACCAGGACAACACGACCGCUGUGGCGCACUCCGGAAUGGCCACGGAGCAGCAUCACCAGCAGCGCGUCCUCAAGCAGGAUGGCUACUUGGAUCUGGGCGAUUGUAACAGCACUCCAGCCCGACCCUUCGAGAUGCGCAACGUCGUCUAUCAUCCGCAAUUAAAUGUCCUCCUGCUAUUUAACAACGGCAGCACCGUCAAGGUCCUGGACGCCAAUUCCGGAGUCAUCCUGCAGACCUAUCAGCUCAGCUCCAAUGGCGACAGCAUCGUUCAUGGUCGUUAUAUGCCAUUGCAAGACAAGAUCUUGUUCUGGGAUGGGCAUAACCUUGGUCUGCGAGGCGAUUACAACGGCGUAUUGCUGUUGGACACCAUUCUCCAAGCGCCAAUUGGACAAAAUGACGACUACAUCAAGCUGGAGAUCAUCCUGUCCGAGGCUAUCAUCUUCCAGAACUGUAUCAGCGAACUGGAGAGCGAGGGUCUGGAGUGCCCCUGUGACAUCAGCAACGAGCUGACGCAGAAGAUCAACCAGGCGCAGCUGAAUGCCAAGAAGGGCAUCAAGGCCCAGCGGUGGAACACCAUAUGCCUGGAGGUGCCCUAUUCGAGCCUUAAGCUCGUGUCCAACAAUGUGGUCAUCCUGCUGAAGCGCCUGGAGCGCCACAUUCCCGUGCUGGCCAUCGCAUCCGCCAUCAAUGAGCGCCUCACCGACAUGCUGAUGGGCUCCCGUGUGCCGGAUUUUGGCUGGAACUUUAGCAAUUUCCAACGCGUGCUCAUGCACUCGGAGGCAGUGCGUCGCCAGACGUUCGAGAAGUGGCCCCACAUGGACUACAAGUGGGCGUUGCCUGAUCAGAUGGCCCAGGCCGGCUUCUACCAUCAGCCAUCUUCCUCUGGCGAGGAUCGCGCCAUGUGCUUCACCUGCAACGUGUGUCUUGUCUGCUGGGAGAAGACCGACGAACCGUGGAGCGAGCACGAGAGGCACUCACCGCUGUGUCCCUUUGUCAAGGGCGAGUACACCCAAAAUGUCCCGCUGUCCAUUACCUACGCCACCAAUCCCGCAUUGCCAGCUCCCGGACUGGGGUUCGACAUCAUCUCCAAUAGUGAUUACGCGAAUGUGCUCUGCACCAGUUGCUCUCAAACGGGGGAGCUAAGUGUCUGGAGCAUUGAACGCCACCUCAAGCUGAUGCACAGCAUCCAUGUACCGACCCUGCUCAAGGACGUUUUCGAGGAGAGCUUCGAGUGGGCGAGGGUUACUGCCAUCUGCGUUCUUCCGAAUGCACGAGCUCGCACCAAGGUGAACUACGUGUACUCUUCGGCGAAUUAUGGCGGUGCAGGCGGCAGCGGUGGGGCGGGUUCCCAUUCGGGAUCAAAUGCCGUCUCCAGUGGAAAGUUUGGCAGCGUGAAUGCCCAGCAUAUUACCUCCACGUCCACACUUAGAGCCGGCGUUGUCGGCUCCAAGAUUGUGCUGGGCGUCAGCGUGCGGCAGAGUAGUGGCGAGCUGGCCCUGCGAAUGGUGGUGCUCAACAUUGUGGAAGUGGACCGAAGCAGUGAGACCUCAGCGAGCGUCAGCAACGACAGCGGUAGCGUAUCUAGCGUCGGCGGCCAGUUGAUGAAGUCUUCAUCCCCUAUGGUCAAUGUCUCCAGCGAAACAAAUGCGGCCGUGACCCAAGUGAAUCUCGAGUCCAAGGAUGAUGAUAACAAGGCUAUGACCCCGUACGAGAAGUUUGCCGAUGGCUUCGAUAGCAACGGAUUCGUAUCCGCUCUGAUGACCUAUAACAAGAACAACGGCGUUAGCCAGAACACCGACGAUGCCUCUGUUCUGUACGACUUCGACUUGUGCACCCUGUCCCAAAUCCUGGAUCACAAUCUGGAGGAACCUCUAAGUCUGAUGGUCGGAUCGAAUACGGUAAAUGUUAGUAAUCUUGGAAUGGGCAACGAGAUCGACAAGCUUGUCGAGGAUGUGGAAAUGACUCACCAGAACAACAACAACAACAAUAAUAAUAACAACAACAACAACGAAGCCAACUCCCUGGGCGGAAAUUCCUCGACGAACAACAACAACAUCAUGAUCAACGGUAGCACUAACAGCAGCAGCGAAAAGAUGACUGCCUCCGAGGAGAUCGACUGUGUGGUGGAGAGCUGGACAAGUGUGAAACGGAUGAAUGCCUUGGAUGGUGCCAGCAGCGGGGCGAAUGGUGUGACGCAUUCGGUCCAAGAGAUCAUCGAGAUUGCCGAGAUCCUGCCCACUACGCCCAAGUGCAACCAGCUGUUGGUCAAACUGCUUCGCACUAAGGCGCCGGAGACGGAGGGCAGUAAGAUCAUAAUGGCUACCGUUGCCAAGGAGGAGGAAGAAGAGGAUGAGGAGCAAGGGGCGGACGAGUCAAUGGACACGGAUAACAACUCCGAGGGGAAUGUAGCAGCUCAGCUCUUGGUGUUUGACUACGAUGACACGCAAAUAUCCAACGAUUACACCCUGGCCAUGACCUUCAGUCGGGCCAAGUGUCCCAAGCAGCUGUGCAUCCUGCCGCACUUCAAUUCCUCCCCGGAGCACAAGGAUGCCGGCUCCAUAUGCGUGGUGUGUGCAGAUGGCAGCGUGGAGAUAUUCUCGCUCGCCGAUUUCCAAGGCACCAUGGUGAUUGAGGAGGAAGGCGAGCACUUUGAGUCUGUGGUGUAUUGCCGGAAUCUGGACAGGCUGUGCUGUUGCUCACGUCAAGGCGGCCUGCUCUUCUACUCGCUAAGCGAGGGCGAAAACGACUCUGGCGAUGAACUGCUCGAGAUGGAGGAUGAUUGCAGUACGACUUUAACGCAGGCAGCAGAUGUGAGUGUGACGGAUGGCGCGCGCCAUGCAGCUGGAACGGAUCAGUUGGGCAAAACCCUGCUCGUCAGCGAUUCCAUUUGCGUGGAUGUUGGCAGUGAGGCAGCGUCUCCUUCGAUCUUCUCCACCGCCGGGGGGCAGGGUGCCCAAGUCCAGACUUCGCCAUCGGCGGCUGCCACCAAUGCCAACCUGCUUGCGUACAAGACCGCCGACCUGACAAUCGAAGACCUAAAGGUCUUCUAUGCCCUCACUCAGUUCGAUGAUAAGCUUACUGUGUACUCUGCCGAAGUGCCCAGCUGUUGGAACGAUCUCGGCCAGGUGCAGAAGCAGCGCAAGCAGUCGCAGAACAUGCGGCAUGGCGGGGACGAAAGGGACUUCACCCGCACCUGGCGUCUGCACAACGAUGCAACCACCUGGGACGAGCACAUUAUAGAGCUCAACUUGGCUCAACCCGUGUCUUUAGGCCACAUCGAUCUUAAGUUUACAGUAUAUCAGCAAUGCUCAAAUCCAGCAGCAAUCCAGGUUACACUUCUAAAGCAAAACACGAACGGAUUUGGGUACCGAAUGAAGGGACCUCAUUCCAGUUAUAAGCCGAAUGUCAUCGAUGACAACAUUGAUCUCUCAUACAUUGCCAAUGAAAAUCCUGUGCUAAGUGAGGAGUACUUACUAGCCCACAAUGCGGAGGUUUUGGCUGGUCCCAUCGAGCUGUCUUCAUGCAUUGACCUGUGUGAUCAAGGAGGCACCGCCACGCUCACCUCACCGAAACUGUUUAAGACUCGCACCAGGAACUUCCUGCUGCACAUCAAGACAGUGUCGGAUCCAUCGAAAGAUGGGCAGAACAAGACGAGGGCAUCCCCAACGCGGCACAAGCGCUCGCAUCAAGUUGAGGAAUUGGUGGAUCGAAACAAGCUCGUUAGGAACCCCUUUAAUGUUGGCAAGAUAAUCCGGGUGGUCAAGACAGCUGUCCUAAAAGUAUAUCCAGCGGCGAAAACCGCCUGCAUAAAUAUUUUACAUGUGAAUAAACCCAAGUCACAGGGCAAUCAACCGGUGAUCGUUGCCAAGGUCUCAAAAUCCAAGCCCCUUAGCCCGCCCGCUGCAGUUGGUUCCUCUUUCACACUCAGGCCCGAGCAACUGCCGAGUAGGGAAGGAUGUGACUGGUUGCACGAGAUCUCUAUCAGUGUACGGGCCGUGAAGUCUCACAGUCGGAUCAGCAAUAGCCGUAUGCAGCGCAUUGCCAUGCUAGAGAGCAACGUGCUCUUGGUGCAACUGCUGCGGAUCGCCAGUGAUCCGGCUUCAAGCCCUCUGGCCAAAAACCUGUCGCUCGACGUGCUCAAUUGGAUUUGCUUCAUAAGGCUGAACCGCUUUCGGUCACCCAAGUCGGAGCGGCUCAAGGACCAGAUCAACAAGCAGACGGCUUCGCACAUCCAGGAUCUGUUGGCGCAGCAGUUCGAGUGCAUUUCCCUGGCUGAGAAGUAUAUCGAGCAGUUGUUGCGCAUUUGCGUCAUCUACAGCGAGCGGAGUACGGCCCACAAGUGUGUGAAGCUGCUGAUCAUGUUGACAGAGGGUACGACCAAUCUGCCGGCGGAGGUUCAGGAUCACACGACGCUGGACUACAGCUUCAAGGCGGCGAUUGCCAACACCUUUCCGGAGCUACCGCGAGCGCAGUGCGGCAGCGUUGUGCGCUGGUAUAUGAUGCUCACCUGUGCCACCUCCACGGCGGAGUCCCACAAUAGCAUCUCGGAGCAGGCGAUCAAUCUGCUGAAGGAGAUUGCCGUUGAGAUCGACAAGCGUUGGGAUCCGCACUGUGCGCUGUUGAGCACGCGAUUUGGUCUCUACGGCUAUCCCUUCGAGCCGGAGAUCUUUGAUUUUGACUUUCCCAACGUUAGCAGACAGGGGACCGGUUCCUCGGUGGCCCUUACUAAUGUGAUACGCAGUAGCUCCACAAUUUUGCCUGUUACUGGGCUGGACAUCAAGCGAUUGAGCUCCAUAGAUGGUGUGGACUUUCGCACGUUUCCAUAUCUGAUCCGUGGAAAGAGCAUUAGCAACCAAUUGCGUGGGUUGUUAGAAGUUGUCCAGCUCCACUUUAACUGCGUCCAAACCUCCGAGGCCACGCGCAUCGACAACAUCGAUACUGUUGGAGGAAACUCUGCCGCCAGUGUGGUAAUUGAGGAUGUGAUGAUGAUGCCAAAGCUUGUGGUGGCCAAGGAGAAAGGCGAGGAAAUGCUCAACGAUCUGGUCAAUGAUGUUGAGUGUCUGGUGGAGGAAAUGAAGGAGAAACAGGGCAAGGUCGACUACGACGCCUUUGGCUUGGUCAAUGGCUUCAAAGAUAAAACAUUAGGUUCCUCGCUUGCUGACUCGUUAGAACACGCCUUGAAAGAGGAGGUUAAAAUUGAAAAAGCUGCCAUCAUGGACAAACUAAAAAUGUCUAAGUUUCUGCCCAAGCUGUCGCUUUUCGAAAGCUACAUGCAGAAGAAGAUUAACGAGCACAUCUCCUUCGAUGACUUUGGCAAAUUGGACAACUGGGACGGUAACACAACGCCACCUCCUUUCAAUGUGGAGGUGGGAGCCCCCGUCGAUGGCCUGGAAACUACUCCAGACCAAACCCAGUUGCAACAGAGCGCAUCGACUGGUGACAGCGUACUGGACGAUGCCGCAGAGAGCGAGAAGAUCAUGGAGUACCUAGCCGCCAAUCCCUGCCAGCCGAUUGCAUGGCACAAGUUAAUCACUCCGCCGCCCAAACAGAUGAUUGUCAUCGAUCGGAUACACUCCGGUGCCAGGCGAUUUGUGGUGCUCGACUUUGGCCAGCACAUCCUGCUCACAGAUCUGGUGAUUCCCUCCUGCGAUGAGUUGACUUCCCUGACUAUCGACAUCUGGUGUUUUGAUGAGGAGACAGAUUGCACGCGUCUGGUGCAGGUGAACGAUAUCCAGACCAAAACGCUUGUUCUCAGCGACAUUCAGCCGGCUCCGAUUUGCCGAUACCUCAAAUUAACCAUCAUUGGACGAAUUGGCAUGUCGACCACCAAGUGCAAAGUACCCUUGGGACGGUUCUUUGGACAUCCCGUGGUGCUGGAGCACGAUGGUUAUGGGGAUCAGGUGAUGAGGUUCAUCAAGCAGCCCACACAGAGCCUUCAAUCGCAGCUGAAGUCGCUGAAUGCGCUGUACGAGGAUGUGCAUUGCCGGUACAGCUUGGCCAGCUGCAAACUGAUGGAUUUGCUGGCUCCCAUGCGGAAUAGUGAGCUGUCUAAUGUGGCCCACCUUCAGGCCUUCAUCAACAAGCAGCGGGACGAGGAGCUGAGUGGUCUGGAUAACAACAAUAAGGUGGUGUCCUUGUACGAUGAAUGCAUGCUUCUUCAGUACCAGAUCAACGUGAUCCGGAAUGUGGUGCUCCGUUUGGAGCGAGCUCUGUCCCCCAAUACAUUGAGUAGCAUGCCUCCUGCAGGAGAGCCCAUUCCACCAACGGAGGAAAUGCUGCGCGCUGCCUCCAGGGACAAGCUGCGAGUGCUCAGUCUGAGUUUGGUGGAGGUGCUCCUGCACUUCUCCAUCGAGUAUGGCAUCAAGAACAUCUUGCCCGUGCAUCAGAAAUUCAAUGCGGCCACGGCGAAGGCGCUUUUCAACUCGCUGGUGGUUUACGGGGAUGCCCAGCUGCAAUUGGCCACCUGCUCGUUGCUGGUGCGGAUGUGCUGCUUCCAGCCGUGGUGGGGCGACUUUCUUGCUGACACCUUCUGCAGCCUUUUCUCGGCGCAGAACUGCAAGGCCUUCCCCCAGGAUCGCAUAUUCUUCCUGCUAACUUACCUGGGACGUCGCAGCAUUGCCAUGGGUGCCUGCCGAUCCAUUGUGAUCGAUGCCGUGCUUAAGACGCUCGUCAAACUGCUGGCACCCAUCUCACCGCACUACAAAUACCAGUCGGAGCAGCCCAGCACUUCGGCGAACGCUGCUGAUCGUAAUGCGGCCAUGGGCACAACAUCCGAUCUUCAGCUCAUCACCUGGCUGCUUCUGUUUCUCUCAGUGUGCCUGGACGACAACGAGCGAAAGGAUAAAUCAGCUGCUCGCUGGGACUUUAUGAGCUGCGAGAGUGACUUCACCAAGACCAGACCCAGCAACACUACCAACAGUAAGCAGCUGCGCUGCUUCAAGAAGCGCAUCAUCCAGCAGAACAAAUACUCGGUACAGCCUUACACGGAUUGGGGAAAGAAGAUUUAUAUGAUACAGAAUGAGCAUCCUGGUAUAUUCAUGGAACUGUCGACCAAAACAAAGGGAAGUGGUGCAACUAAGUCGGCCUCCACCGGUGGGAAGAUCAAUAUUGGAUCCGCUGGCCUCUGUGUGACUGGCGGUAGUUCAAGUAGCAGUGCAUCCAAGAGUGCCGCAGCCUCUACAUCCUCUCCAAAACACCAGGAUGUCGCGGGUAGCGAUGGAGAACGCGACAGCAAUUUUGACAAGGGUUUGAAGACACUGCGAAUGGCCAACAUCAAGGUGGUUAUCCGCGGACUCUUUGCCCUGCUGCUGGAAAUGGAUUUCGAUUGCAACAUGGACCAGUUUCUGCUCACCUGCAAGGUUAUUGCCCGUCUGGUGGCCGCAUGCCGACCGUCUGUGCAGCUCUGUAAGAUUGUGACCACCGCCCAGCUGGAGCAACUUGUUCGCCUGUCCGUGUGGAAUGAUCAGCAGCAGCCCUGGGCUGUCCAUGCCAUUACAUGUCUGCUUCAGGAUCUUUUGGAUGCGGACAAGCAGUUCAGGGACAGCGAUGUCACACCCACCAACGAUGCACCACGUACCAUGGAAGCAGCAGUGCAGGAAACGCGAGAUCUAUUCAGCGACUAUACUUCCACUGCUUCCUCGUGCACUGAGGCACAAUUUGAGAUGCUGAUGCCGACAGCAAGAGAAUUUUAUCAAGAGGCCGUCAAAUAUAAUUACCUACCAUCACUGAUCGAAUGCGAUGACACGGAAUUCGACGAAAUGCUGAACGACAUCGACAUGAUCGAGCGUACCAAACCAGUGACCAAGAAGGAGAGCAACGCACUCUGCAAGAACACUUUCAAUUUCUUCUGCAAGUCUAUUUCCAUUGCCUUGGACUCACGACUGGACGUGGGCUUGGAACUGCACGUGGAGACGCAGCUGCGGAGGCUUACGAAUCGCACCUCCCUGGAUCUCUACUCCUCGCUGCCGCAGGUGCUGACCAAUGAGUUCGUCUCUCCGCCUCCGGAAGCUGCCCCCUGGCCGGAGUACUUGACCCAACUUUGGUCGGGUACAGAGUACAAUGGCCGCAACACCUAUGUGAUGUUCAAGAAGGUCUUCGACUCCAUUCUGGCGGACCUGCACUAUGAGGACACGUGGGUGCACUUGGAGCAGGUGCUGCAGAUGUGGCUCACUCUGAACUGCGAGCUCGCGGACAAGCCAUACACCAGUGGCAUAACCCACACGGAUGUACCCAAGAUUCCCUUUGGGGCGAACGCCGUGCAGGGAUUGCUUCUGGCCUUGGCCUGGCACAAUGACAUCAAGUUACGCACCUGGUGUCUGGGCUUCCAGUGCCUGUUCCUCGCCUGCAAUUCGCUGCCUAUCGGCGAGGAUGCAGACUGUACGCGUAUCAACGAGGUCAUUGUGAAUGAUGAGAACUUUGAGAAGAUGCUGCUACGGUUCUUCUCCGGCUAUGGCAUGAGUUCAUCCAUCAUCACCAACCGAUGUGCUGGUCCAACCAUUUGCAAGCAUCUACAUGAGUUGUUGCUGUGGCUGCACAGCAAAAGCGAGACGAGUGGCAUUCCCUGCAAGCGUCGGCUGAAGGACAUUCUGUUGCAUGUUGUCCUUCAGUUGGUUCAGCCUGGAGGCGCUAUAAGCAACCAGCAGGGACCCAUCGAUGCCCAGAAUCAGCUGGUUCGUGAUCUGCUGAUGAUGCCCAACGACAAGGGAGAUCUCAACAUAGCGCUGAAAAUCACCGAAAGUGUUUCUUUCCUGGUGUACAACAACAUUUCCAAUGGCGAGAAACUGCAGUGUCAGCGUGGCAAUGAGAACAACACCGCCGGCAACAACUUUAGCAAUCUGUUUGCCAAUGUUUUGGGUUCGGAGAAUCCCUCCAAGCAGAAUGCCACUAUCUGCGACAACUCGCUGAUCAUAAAUCUGCUUAAACUAUCUUCUCACAUGGUGCUGACCGAGAUGCCCAGGCAACCAAGUGAGGUUACCAUUCCCGAGGAGGAGGAGCUGUCGAAUCAAAGCCAAACGGAUGAGACCAAAGCGGAGCAGUUGAACACGGAAGGUCAUCGCAGCAAAGUUCCAUGCAUAGCUGAUUGGGUGCUGCGCCAUUUCCCAACGAUGAAACGCCUCUUUGGAACGCUCUCCCAGUGCUCCACCAACACAUUCACAAUGAUGUCCUCUGGCUGCUUCUUCUCACUGAAGUCCAACAUGGUUUUGGAUGAUCCACAAACAAUUGCCGAUGCUGUCUUCAGUUUAAUGAUAACGCUCAGUGAUAAGGCCUCCAAUCCUCGACUGGUUGUGGCACCUAUUUGUCAAUACCUGGAAGAGACCACCAUACAGAGGAAUGCCACGCUGCCGCGCCUGCCGCUCUCCGAACCCUUCUUGUGGUACAUCUCUAAGGUCCUGGAGGUCACAGCGGCAGUCCAGACGUUCACCCAGCUGGGUGGAAUUCAGAUUAUCUGUCACAACCUGGUGCGACUCAACAAGACUAUUAUUAACAUGCAGCCGGGACUGAUAUCAUUGAUUAUGCAGCACUUGACGCGCAAUACACGCUUUAAGCUGAACAGCCAUGUGGCGGCCAACAAUGCGUGCAAAAAGACAACGACUGGAACCGGAGCCACUGGCGCCACUGCUGCCCAGCCGCCGAGAAGUGGUGCUCAGUACGAUGGGCUCAUCAACUUUGCACCUUUCUCGCACAUUGUGUCCGAGAAUGAUGCGGCCCAAAGUGCCGAGGUGCUCAUCUCCAACCCCAAUGCCACGCAUCGAAGACCUCGGACCCCAGCCUGGAGUUACAUGUUCUAUCCAAACGAGACGCACGUGGACCUCACUAUCACGCUGCCCACAGCGAUUCUGCUGAAGGAGGUGCAGCUUGUACCGCACACAACGAGUCUGGCUUCCUGCCCCUCGGCGGUGGCGCUGGAGUUGUCAAGAGAUUAUGGCCUGGGCUCGAUUCCGGUGGGUGCUCCCAUGGCCACCACAGGGCUGACCUGCAUCAGGCUGAAGCUGGCCAAGGCGGAGGUGGCUACCAGCAUUGUUCUGAGGCUGUACAAACCCAAGGAUUGUGGUAAUGUGGGUCUGGUGCAGAUCGCUGUGCUUGGCCAGACCAUCUUCGGGAAUCGCAUGCAGGGGCUGCGCUCGCCGAGUCCGUUCAUCGACUCUCUAGCAUCGUGCUCUUCGCCGCUGCAAACGGCCGCUUUGGCCGCAAUGGACGCGGAUGCCAUGCUCGAGGACGAUGCCUUUGCCAAGACGAGCAUUGGCUGGGUGCGGAUUCUGUCCCGAUGCUUCCACGUGGCUGCCUUGCAACCGGACAGCAAGCUGGCGGACCUCAUCGCAGCCUAUCCAGCUGCCUAUCCCGGCUUCUUGGAGGCCUGCUGCUCGCUGCUAAACAUCAUGCCAAUGAUUCCAAGCCUGGCUCAGCAACACCUGGAGACUAUUUUGCUAAAACUGGGAGCCUACAACCACGAGCUCAGUUUGCAGCUGCUGCGGACGCUCCUCUGGCACACCACUCCCCAAGUUUUCAAGCUCUCCAGCGAUGCGGUGUGCGAUCUCAUCCACGAAGUGGUCACCGGCUCCACGGAGCACUUGCUGGACAAACUGCGCGUUCUGAUCGACUGGGUGAUGCAGCUGCAUGAUAACUACAGCCAACAGGCGCGUUGCAAUAAUCCGCAAAGCGGUUUUGUUAAGGUGAUCGCCUCGAUUCUCUGGCGAGUCCAGACCCAGCAGCAGCUCCCUGAGUUGCCCCUGCUCAUCUCCUCGUCGCUAUUCGAGACCUGUUUCGAGUGGGUGUCGUCGCUGGAACACGAUGAGCCCCUGAAGAGCAGCUUUGACUCCCUGCUCUGCGCUCUGUGCUACAUCAAGCCAGAGCUGUUUAACCAGCUGUUGGUCAAGUUGGGCGUGAAACUAGAGCCACCGGCUCGUGGCCAGACGGACGACAGUAAGGUGCAGAGCGGCAGUGCCUGGUUCCGGCGAGAGGGCAGUGAGAAUCUUACGGUUCUGCUGCAGCGACCCACAUUCCUGAAGACCCUGGCCCUGGCCUGCCAAUCUCCAGCGGCAGUCUACCAAAUGCUGGACUCCGGACUCCCCAAGCUGCUGGCCCAUGCCAUUUACGAGUACUGCAUGCACCUGCUGCCUGGAUCGGAGCAAGCCGUUUCUGCAGCCCCUGUCGCUUCUGGAGGCGAAGAAGCUUCCGCCAACAACCCGACUGUUGUCGCCGCAGACGACGAGGACUCCUCGCUGACAGACUUUGACAAGGCCGAAGCGAAUGUGGGCAACAAUACUCCACUGCUAAGCAGCUCGAACGUGCCCAAGGUGCUGGACUUCUUCGCCGAGUGCUGUGCCGAGGGUCCCAUGCGCGAUUGGUUGGGCACCAUGCAGGGCUCCGUCUUCUGGAAGCCACUGCUGCAGCUGCUCUGCAACACGCAUGCCGCCCAGUUCAGUAAGACGCUGCCCAUGCAGCAGUCAUUCAUCCGUUUGGAGCGGGCCACCAUCCAUUUCUUUACGAGGGUGAGCGCCUGCCAUCCCGGCAACCAGGAAGUGCUCACAUCGCUGCUCAUCGGGGCCAUCAUUUGCAAGCCCCUGAGAUCUGCGCAUGGCGUUCGACCCACUAUCUCUGGCUUCACCAGGCAGUUGGUGUUGCAGCUUCUUCUAGAGAACGAACACAUCACCGUGUCGGUUAGAAGUCAGCAACCCUUGCAGCGCAGGGACACCCUGUCCGCGAUUCUGGGCGGGAAUUCGAGCGGGGCCAGCACCAGUUUGCCCGUGGCAGCGGUGAACAAUCAUCCGGCCAAACGGAGCAGCGCCCACCACAUGCUUUUCACGGUGACCACCAGCACCACUUGCCAGGAGAUUAUGCAGAAUUGCGUCAGUGUGUUUAGUAACCUAGUUUAUCAACAACCAACAGAUCAACGAGCUGGCGAGGCUUCGACCUCCAGCAGCGGCGUGUCCAGUGGGACUGCCAAGUCAAGUGACAGCAAGCUGGAAAAGAGCAGCUUCCUGAACUUCAACAACGUGGAGGCGGGCAGCAUGGAGUUCCUCACCGUGGGAGCAGCUGUGGCAGCCAAGGACAAGCGCAUCAAAGAUGCCAAGAACCAGGCGGCCAUGAACAAGGACAAGGAGACUCAGACCAGCUCCAUGAACUUGGCUUCCAAUAUUUUUAACGUGGAGGAGUUCUUGUUGCAGUCGGCGAAUGCAGCCAAUGGCAACCAGUUGGUCAUUCCUGAGUAUUCGGAUAUCCUGCUGGCCGGAGAUGCCACUAUCUCACAGGUGCUGGCCUCGCUCCAGGAUGCGGGCCAUUCCCUAUCCACGCCCUGCAUAUCGCUCGACCUGGUGCCGCAGCAGCGGACGGAUGAAGUCGGCGAGGCGAAGAAGACGAAGGCCGCCUGCACUGAGCCACUACCAUCGCCACUACAGCGCUUUUCCAGCAGCGGAGGUCUCUCGUUGCUGGCCCACUACCUGCCCACCGUUUAUCCGGAGCACUCGGGCCGCAAGACCACCCUGGUGGUCAGCGAAAAGGAGAAGAGUCCGCCGCUCUCGGACUGGGUGAAGCUGGAGCCUAACGACGAGAUCUACGAGGAUCUGGAGGACACCAUCUGCGAGCCGGCGGCCAAACAGGCCACGGUCAGCUCGGUGCCGCAGCACUCGCUGGCCGCUUUCGGAUUGUUCCUGCGUCUGCCCGCCUACUCUGAUGUCCUGCUGCGGGACAAGAUGCGAGCGCAGUGUCUGCUUCGUUUGGUGCUGGGCGUCACGGGCGAUGGCGAAGGCAACGAUAUAUACAGUCUAUCGCUGGCGCCCUCGUUGCCCACUUUGCCCUUCGAGGUCUUCCGGCAGCUUCUGGAUAGUGUGCCGCUGUCCACCGACGAUGGCGUUCUGCUUCGCCGUGUGGUCAUUGAAGUGGGGGCCAUGCACCUAGUGCUCAACUGCCUGGGCAUCUUCUCGCACCAGUCGCACAACAGCAGGAUUGGAGCACCGAUCAACGAGCCAUCACCAACUGCAACGAGCAGUGGUAGUGGUGCUGGCAGCGGAAGUGGAAAUGGAAAUGGAGGUGGAAAUGGAAGUGCUAGCGGAGCCAAAGCAAAUGCACCGGAGGAGGCCACGCCUAGUGCCACGUCGGACGACAAAAGCCACAUGUACUGGGCCAAGGGCACGGGCUUUGGCACCGGUUCCACCACCCAGUCGUGGAACGUGGAGCAGGCGCUGCUGCGGCAGAAGAGCGAGGAGGAGCAUGUCACAGUGUUGCUGCUCGUCCUGGCCAGUUAUAUAAAUCCGGGUGACUGCAUACCGAGUGACAUGUGCGGGGAGGACAUCCUGGCCUAUCACGAUGUCAGAGAUGUUACCGGCGAGCUGCCGCCCAUCUUCCAAACCCUUUUGCAGCAGUCUUGCCUGAUCCCCGCCCUCAGCUCCUAUCUGCGCAACGAUUCCGUGCUGGACAUCACUCGCCACAUUCCGCUGUACCGUGCCAUACUGAAGCUCCUGCGCGCGCUGUCGUUGUCCAAGAUGCUCGUCUCGCUGCUCCAACCGGCGGCAAGUGGCAGCGGGGAGAGCACGCCACCCAUUGCGGAGCUGUUGACGAACAUGAAGACCUGUGUGGACACCUACGCCAAGCGGCUUAAGGUCAAUAAGAAGUCGAACAUCAAGGGCCAGACACAUCAGUUGACCUUCAACAUCGAUGACGGUGACGAUGAGGGCUUAGCUCUGCUCAUUCCGGACAUCCAUGAAACAAGUGUCCUUGUGCAGAAGACGACGGAUGCAGAUGCUCUGAUCAAUAUGCUGCACACCAACGAGGACGGCAGCGGGCAACUGGAACCGCUCAGCAAGUCCAUAGAGCAGCGCUACCUGGAGCUGAUGAAGAAACGUCAGUUCGACACGUUCGACAUGAUUGUGGAGUCGGACAACAACAGCUUCCGGUUUGUGGUCUCGCACCACUUUGAGAAGAUGGUGCGGCUCGCCGGCGAUCGCUACCAUCCGUCACGGGUUAAGAGGCUGGCCCAGGAGGCGGUGACACUGUCCACCAGCCUGCCGCUCAGCUUCAGUAGUUCUGUAUUUGUGCGCUGUGAUACGGAUAGGUUGGACAUCAUGAAGGUACUCAUCACUGGACCGGCGGACACGCCGUAUGCCAACGGGUGCUUCGAGUUUGAUGUCUUCUUUCCGCCGGACUACCCCAACCAGCCCAUGCUCAUCAACCUAGAGACCACGGGCCGCCAUUCGGUGCGCUUCAACCCCAACCUCUACAAUGACGGCAAGGUGUGCCUGUCGGUCCUGAACACGUGGCACGGCCGGCCCGAGGAGAAGUGGAAUGCGCAGACCUCCAGCUUCCUGCAGGUGCUCGUCUCCAUCCAGUCGCUGAUCCUCGUCCCCGAGCCCUAUUUCAAUGAGCCGGGCUUCGAGAGGAGUCGCGGCACUCCGAGUGGCACCAAUUCAUCCAGGGAGUACAACAGCAAUAUAUAUCAAGCCUGCGUGCGCUGGGCGAUGCUAGAGCAGAUUCGCAGUCCAAGUCACUGCUUUAAAGAUGUCAUACACAAGCACUUCUGGCUAAAGCGCGAGGAGAUCUGCACCCAAAUCGAGGGAUGGAUCGAGGAACUGAGCAAGCCGCAGUACACAGAGCGGGCCAGCCGCACUAUCUCCUUCAACUCAAUGGUUCUGCGCCGGCACUAUCGCCACUUGCGGGAGGAGUUGUCCAAGCUGAAGCCGCCACGUGGCCUUGAGGACUUGGAUGCGCCCUUCAACCCGGUGGCCACGUUGCCGCCGAUGGAUGUGUCCGCGGCCCCAGCAGCUGCGGCCACCAACAACGCGCAAGUGGGAACGGAUGACACGAUAGUGCCGGACAUGAAUCUGCUUGGCGAGAAUGCGGAUGACGGCGAGGCUGAUGGCGAUGGCGAUGGCGAUGUGGAUAACGGCUUUAAGGGCUUUCCACAGGAGGAGGGUCUGCUGACGGGCGAAGAAGAGGUCGUAGAAAUACUGAGUGAUACAGAAAACGAGAGCAGUGUGUGGCAAGAAAAAGAGGAGGAGGAGGACACCCCGUGAAUCAAUAGCUGCCCAAAGAUGUUGGAGAUGAGUUCGGUGUGAGGCCCAGAAGCUGUACGCCCCAGCCUGCCGCAUCAUCGCUGCCCUAGACAUUUUUAUUUAUAUGCUAUGAGUUUUGUUUUACGCCCUUACUUGUUUUAAUUUUUGUAAGAGAGAGACUGCAACAGAACUUGGUGUGCUUUACUUAAUGGAACCGUAAUGAUAAAUGUUAAACAAAUUACGCUAAUGAUCUUCGCGCAGACUAAGAAGUACACACAUAAAUACACACUCCCCCAAAAAGCAUUGUCAGAAACUUUCCAUUCAAAGAACAUGAAUAUCCCACUCCAUACAAGUAUGUAUGAAUAUUGUAUUGAACUUUUUAUAAAUGCUUAUAUAAACGGAUAUAUCGAUUUCUAAAAGAAUAACCCGUGUGUGUAUAGAGUAGAACGGACAUGCAAGUCAUUGAAAAUAUCACCACUAUAAAACAGUAACAACAACAAAAACCACCAAAACUAAAUUAAUGUGUAUUAAACUAUGUAUGUACGUAGUGAUUUAGUUAAAUAUUUACAGCAAAGUGUGAACAAUUACUUUUCCAAUUGAAAUAAAACGCGAAAACAUUUUGUUUCCCCCAAAA